UAUUGACGGUGAUGUGUAAGUCGUCGCCAUCUUUUGUUGGAAAAAAUUUGCUUUCGACAAAAAGUUAAAACUUUUUUUGAUAAUUACGUUUUAAAUAAACUAGUAAAAAACAAUAAAAAUAAUAUUUUAAUAUUCAAAACGAUUGUUUAACGUAAAAGCCUUUACAAAUUCCUAUAAAUUUCCAAACGCAAUAUUAAAUCAAAUAUAUUAUUGUCCACGUCAAACGGGUGACAAAAAAAAAACGAAGAAAGAAAGGGAAAAAAUAGUGAUUUGCAAGACUUGCAAAGAGAAGAAAGAAAAAAACGUAGAAAAAUAUUUUGUGCGAGAACUUUCAGAUAAAAAAAGUUAAUAAAUUAUUUAGCAAAAAGUUAAUAUUUAAUAAAAAUAACAAUUAAUUAAGCCAACUCUAAGGAAAGGAAAAAAACCAACAAACACAACAACAAAAUGUCAGCUAUAAAUCCAGAAUAUGAUUAUCUUUUCAAAUUACUUUUGAUUGGCGAUUCUGGUGUAGGAAAAUCCUGUCUUUUAUUGAGAUUUGCUGACGACACAUAUACAGAAAGUUAUAUCAGCACAAUUGGUGUGGAUUUUAAAAUUAGAACCAUAGAAUUGGAUGGCAAAACCAUAAAAUUGCAAAUUUGGGAUACUGCUGGUCAAGAGCGUUUCCGUACCAUUACAUCUUCUUAUUAUAGAGGUGCUCAUGGUAUUAUUGUUGUUUACGAUUGUACGGAUCAGGAAUCCUUUAACAAUGUUAAGCAAUGGUUGGAAGAAAUUGAACGAUAUGCCUGUGAAAAUGUCAAUAAGUUGUUGGUGGGCAACAAAAGUGAUUUAACCACCAAGAAAGUGGUUGAUCAUACUACAGCUGCGGAAUAUGCAAAUCAAUUGGGCAUUCCAUUCCUUGAAACUUCAGCCAAAAGCGCCACCAAUGUGGAGCAGGCCUUCAUGACAAUGGCGGCUGAAAUUAAGAAUCGUGUUGGGCCACCAUCGAGCGCUACUGAAAAUGCCAGCAAAGUUAAAAUCGAUCCAGGGCGUCCAGUCGAAAACACCAAAUCUGGUUGCUGCUGAAUAAUUACUCCCCAACUUAUUGUGAAUCAUUAUUUUAUUAUAAUAUAAACAAAAACAAAAAAACAGAAACAACCCAUAAAAAACAACAACAGUACAUUUAAUUAAUAAAUCUAAACUUAAAACAAACAACAACAAAAGAAAAACGUAACGAAUGAUGAUACAAAAAAAUAAUAACAUGAUAUAUAAACGUAAAAAAUCAACUUAAGUAAAUUUUUAACAAAAAAAUUAAAGUUUUUUUUUGAAUGUUGGACUCUUCACAUAGACGUUGAAGAAGAAGACAUUCAGAUAUAGAACUUAUGAUGAUAAAGAUGCGAUAAUGACGAUUGGUUAAUACAUUUGAUUUCAUUGAUAUAAUGUUUAAACAAUCGCUCCUAUUUGUGGACACAACAUAUAUAAGUAUAUAUUUAAACAAAAAAGAAAUAACAUCAACAAAUCGUAAUAAAAGAAGAAUAUUUUUUUUUAUUUUUAAAGUGUGUAGUAGCUAAAUAAAAAUGAUUAACAAACAAAAACAAAAAAA